UAAAGCCAGAUUUGUAAGCUUCCUACCACAUUACUUCGCCUUCUUGUCAUUAGAAUUCGGAAAUUGUGAGAUUUCUUAAGGAGAUGCAUGAUCUAGACUGCUCACUCCAUGAUCUACUACUCCCGUUUUCCUCUCUUCCUUUCCUGGGACCGUCAGUAGUUGUGCCAACUUGACAGAGGAACACGACAGGAGCUUUAACAGUCACUAACUUUCAAGUCUUCAUCAGGUUCUAAGAUAGGGCAGAAAAAGAUACACGGAUUUUGGCAAACUCAGAAAUUUGUAUGGAAAUUGCUUUCCAAAAGGGAAGGAAAAAAAGGAAAAAAACCUUUCUUUGUCCUCCCUGCCCCGGUCUCUGCUCCUGUUCAGAGCAAUCCAAGCUGGCCUUGUGAGCAUCCACUUCCCCCUAGAGCUCGAAGAUUAGGGAAAAAACAAAACAAAACAAAAAAACAAAAAACAAAACAAAACAAAACAAAAAACGGAAUAAGGCGGCGCUCAGGACCAAGCAGAAGUGUUCUGCAUCCUCUCGGUUCCUAUUAGCUACAAGGUUUGGAAACUCGGCUCUUUGCCACUGAAGGCCAAUUUUUUGACUCCUCCUAUUAGUUGCAGAGAUUCUCCCCACCUUUCUCUACCUAGGUCCCCAAAUCGGAAAGUUGGUAAGGAAAGGAUGUCGGGGUACCUAGGGGGUCUAGAAUUUUUUGAAAUUUUCCGGGACUUGCUUGCAGCACUGUGAUUGGUCACAAUAGAUGUAACCUUCAUGCAAAUGAAGCCGCGACGCCACCCAGCUGCCUGGAAAUCAAUAGAGACUGGAAAGAAGGGGGCAUUCGGACUGGGACAAGCCCAGGGAAAACGUUCCGCAGCACAGAAACGCAAACAACCACUUCUCCCCCUCCCUGUCCCCUUUCCCUUCACCCUCCCCACCCCAGCACAGAAAGAGACAGCGUUUACGGACUCCCCCGCCCCCACCCCUUCCCCUUUCCCCCUCCCUUCCCUCCCUCCCUUUCUCCCUCUUUCCCUCCAACACCUUCCACCUAGACCAUCUCUAAAGGGACUUCUUGAUUUCCUCCAAUUUCUUAUGAACCCAGGAUGGGCAGCAAAGAAGACCCUGGCAAAUGUUGUCCAGCUACCGCCCCCAUCUCCAGCUUCACUAUCCAGUCCAUCCUGGGCAGCGGGCCUUCUGAGGAGCCCAGGGAGAUCGGGUCCAAGGGAGCCGCAGGCUGGGCGAGCCGGAAAAGGAGUCUGUCGGUAUCAUCGGAGGAAGAGGAGGCGGAUGACGGCUGGAAACAUUCUGGCUGUUACUGCCCGGACUCUCAUGGCCCGAAGGAGUCCGGCCACAAGCACCAUCAGCCCCUCACAAUAACUUGUCUCAGUAACUCAAAGGCCAGCGGAGGAGCCGGAUCAGUGAGUUCGGACAGGACGCCUUUCCUCUCCCAACCCCAACAAGACUUUAAGGAAGAGAAAGAGAAACACUUCCACUCCGGGUCACCAUCACCUGGGGCAGAACGGCCGCGAGAUUCUGGAGGAGAUCGGCAAGCUGGAUCCGCCAAAAAGAAGACCCGCACUGUGUUCUCCCGCAGCCAGGUGUACCAGCUCGAGUCUACAUUCGAUAUGAAGCGCUACCUGAGCAGUUCGGAACGGGCUUGCCUUGCUUCCAGCCUACAGCUCACCGAAACGCAGGUGAAGACUUGGUUCCAGAACCGGCGGAACAAAUGGAAGAGGCAGCUCUCCGCAGAGUUGGAGGCAGCCAAUAUGGCCCAUGCCUCAGCCCAGACUCUGGUGGGGAUGCCACUGGUGUUCAGAGACAAUUCCCUGCUACGGGUCCCGGUGCCCCGAUCGAUAGCCUUUCCGGCCCCUUUGUACUAUCCAGGGAGCAACCUGUCAGCCUUACCUCUCUAUAAUCUGUACAACAAGAUUGACUACUGACCAAACAGACCCCCAGCGGACCUGCCCGCUCCCUUGUCGAUUUCAAACCCUUUUCCCAUCGCAUUUCCUUUUUCCGUUGCUAUUGAAAAAGACCUCUGAAACUGACGCAUUUCCCCAUUUGUAUAGGAAUGAAGGCAAUGUGCUUCUCUUAAUAUUAAGAAAUACACCAUGUGUAUUAAUUAUUUCUUAUUUAUGGAUUCCUCUCCUUAUUUUUAUUUGAUUAUUAUAGGGUAUUCAAAGGUGCUUCUUACGGCAGAUAGCCUGCUUUCAACCCAAUCUAAUUUUUUUUUUCAAAUAUUGGUUUUUUUUUUUUUUGGUAGGGGAGGGAAGAAACUUCCCUAAUCUGGGGAACAAUCUUUUUCAGAUCUGCUUCGGCAGAUUAAAAAAUUGGAAGGGGAAAAAUUAAAGAUUUUAUAUACAUACAUCUAUAGUCUAUAUAUAAACAUGCAUAUAGAUAUAUAGAUAUGGAUGUUUCCAAGAAGGACACUUGUUGGCUUUUGCCUCUUGUAUAGCUUCCUUUCCAAGUUCCUCUCAUCUAGGAAUGAGUAGGCACGAAAGGGGGAUUUCAAAUCUGUAAAUAUUUUUAGAAAAAAAAAGGUGAAGACAAAUAAAACAUUUUAAUCAAAGUUGUAACUCUGACUGGUUUCAUUCUAAAAGUCACGCUUCUCUACGUUAUAAAACUUUGCUGCCUCCCA